AAACAGGAGCACUUCCRUACACUCAGAGCUCUCAAAAGUCCACAGAAUUGGAUUGGAAAUGGAACUGAUGUUAUUUCCCAUCCAAAAUAAGAAAUACAGGAUUUGGUUUUUAUGUGACCAACAAACACUUGAUUCAGAAACAAUAAAGAAGAGAGAGACAGGGAAAUGUGCAGGUAGAAACUGAAAGCCAUCUUAAACAUACCAGGUGCAGAGCGCAAUACAGUAACCAUGAAUGACAUUGCACAGAAAACUGAGAUUCUGCUUUCUUCAUCUAAACCCGUCCAAAAGUCCUAUGUGCCCAAGCUUCACAAGGGUGAUGUAAAGGAUAAAUUUGAAGCUAUGCAAAAAGCAAGGGAAGAAAGAAAUCAAAGGAGAUCUAGAGAUGAAAAGCAAAGAAGAAAAGAACAAUAUGUUAGAGAGAGAGAAUGGAACAGGAGAAAGCAGGAGAUGAGAGAACUGCUUGGAUCUGAUGAAGAUGAUGACACCAAACUAUCUAAAAUAGAAAAGGGUUAUGUCCCAAAGCUAAUAGGAACCGUUAAAGGCAAGUUUGCAGAGAUGGAGAAACAAAGGCAAGAAGAAGAAAGAAAAAGAACGGAAGAAGAACGAAAGCGCCGAAUYGAACAAGAUAUGAUUGAGAAAAGAAAAAUUCAAAGAGAACUGGCAAAAAAGGCACAGGAGAUUGAUGACUUUAACAAUACGGGGACUGAAUCAGCAGCUGAGGAAGGAGAUGCUUCAUUGCUAGUUACAGUAGUGCCUGUAAAAUCYACCAAGACACCUGGGAAGAUGAAAAUAAACUAUGAGAACACAGAAAAGGAGAGAGAAGAACAAAGACAGACACAGGAUGAUGGAAUKAAUCUAAAAUUUGAGGAACAAACCCAAUUCCUUAAGGAACCCAAGUGCCUUUCAUCUGCCAAGGGUGAAAAUGAAGACAAUGAAAUUCAAGAGCCUCUGUCUCCUGGUAAGCUGAAAGUAACAUUUGAAGAACUGGAAAGACAAAGGCAGGAGAAUCAAAGGCGGCAAGCAGAGGAAGAAGCAAGACAGCGUUUGGAAGAGGAAAGACGUGCYUUUGAAGAAGCCAGACAGCGAAUGAUAAAUGAAGAUGGCGAGGAAGAAUCAGAAAAUGCUGUUAAAGAAUUUCGCCCUGGUAAACUCAGACUCAGUUUUGAGGAGWUGGAGAGACAGAGGAGAGAAGAGGAAAAGAGGAAAGCAGAAGAAGAUGCACGACGACGCAUAGAGGAGGAGAAAAGAGCAUUUGCUGAAGCAAGGAAGAACAUGGUGCUGGAUGAUGAAUCACCAGAAAUGUUUAAAACAUUUUCUCAAGAAUCUCUCAUACCUGGUAAACUGGAAAUUAAUUUUGAGGAGAUGCUGAGACAAAAAAUGGAAGAAGAAAAGAGGCGCACAGAAGAAGAGCGCAGACAAAAGUUGGAAAUGGAAAGGCAAGAAUUUCAACAGCUGAGACAAGAAAUGGGAGAGCUGGAAGAAGAGUCUGAAACUUUUGAGUUAAGCAAAGAGUAUGAAGAAUUAAUAAAGCUGAAAAGAAGUGGUUCUAUUCAGGCAAAGAAUUUAAAAAGCAAGUUUGAAAAAAUAGGACAAUUGUCUCAAGAAGAAAUACAGAAGAAGAUUGAAGAAGAGCGAGCAAAGAGAAGAGCAAUGGACGAAGAAAUAAGAGAAAGGGAAGCUGAAAAAUUUCAAGAGGAUGAUAAUGUAGAUGUGAUACCAGCCAAGAAAUCUGAGGCUCCAUUUACUCACAAAGUAAACAUGAAGGCUCGUUUUGAACAAAUGGCAAGAGCCAGAGAAGAAGAGGAGCAGAGGAGGAUUGAGGAACAGAAAUUACUACGCAUGCAGUUUGAACAAAAAGAAAUUGAUGCAGCAUUACAGAAGAAAAGGGAAGAGGAAGAAGAMGACGAGGGAAGCAUUAUUAAUGGCUCUACUUGUGAAGAUGAGGAUCAAGCUCGAUCUGGAGCUCCCUGGUUCAAGAAGUCACUGAAAAACACAUCAGUUGUUGACGGUGAACCAGUGAGAUUUACAGUUAAAAUUACUGGAGAACCAAAACCUGAAGUCACAUGGUGGUUUGAGGGGGAAAUGUUGCAGGACUCUGAGGACUAUCAAUAUAUUGAAAGAGGAGAAACCUAUUGCCUUUACUUGCCAGAAACUUUCCCAGAAGAUGAAGGGGAAUAUAUGUGUAAAGCAGUCAACAACAGAGGCUCAGCUGCUAGCACCUGUAUUCUCACCAUUGAAACUGAUGACUACUAAUGCUGUACUUUAGCUGGAAUCUUUCUUCCCCUCAACUUUCUUACUGCAUCAUCUCUUUCUCUGAUGGGGCCAACUAAAGAAAGCAAGGAUAUGCAUUAAAUUGUCAUUCCUGCAUCAGAUAAUACCCUUCAAAUUGUGARAGUUCCCUACUCAAUGCAAAAAUUAUCAUCAAAGGCUAAAAAUAAGAAAUCAAUGUAUGAAAGCUCAACCAAAGGAAAAACCUGAAUUAUCAUAGUGCUCCCRUAUUUGAAGACCAACUGUUGUGUUAACAGAAUAAAGCUCAAUACAUGAUCUGGAAACUUGUGUAGUAGUGUAAAUCUAUUGGUGUAUCUUGCAUGAGCACUGAGUAUUUAAGCUGUUUUACUUUAUCCCAGAGGCACUGAACUGGCAAAGGAAAUACUUAACUAAUUAUUUUCAAAAACCCAAGUGUACUAUUUUGAAAGAAUAAAAGACAAUGUAACUGCUCACCAUUGU